AUGGGCACCCUCCUUCCCAAGUUGGCUGAACUGCUCAUGGAGCACUACAAACUUCACAAGGGUGUCAGGGGUGAGAUCAUGUUCCUCAAAGCCGAGAUGGAGAGAAUGGAGACCGUUCUCCUCAGGAUUUCUGAGGCGCCAAUCGACCAGCCACCGGACAUCCAAGUCAAGCUUUGGGCCAAGGCUGUGAGGGACUUGUCAUAUGACCUGGAAGAUAGCAUCGACAAGUUCAUGGUGCGCACUGAAACCCAUGGACCAGAGAAGUCCCACAGCUUCAGGGAGUUCAUUGAUAAGAGCCUCAGCCUGCUGAGCAAGGGCAAGAUUCGCCACAAGAUCGGCAUCGAUAUCAAAGACAUCAAGAUCCGCAUCAAGGAGGUCAGUGAGCGGCGUGAUAGGUACAGAGUUGACAGUGUGGCUAGUUGA